AUGAAGUUCUAUCAAGCCAUCACCGUGGUCCAGUUUCUGGUCUUGGUCACCGCAUACAACCCCUUCAAAGGCGCAUCCCAAGCCGCCAUGAACGAUGACGAGCUAGAGAUGGCCACAUAUCUGGAAUUCAAUCCGGAUGAGCUGCUCAAUUCGAGGUCGCGGAAGCCAGAGAUCUAUACCAAAGCCAUGCUCGAACUUAAAAGACUCGAAGAGGAACCGAUUUGCCACCGAGUCGCUGUCCAGCUGUUGAUGAAUAAUUGUCAAGGUCUGGAAGAUGUGGGUGAAGACUCCUAUCAAUGGGAUAAUGGUCACCUUCAGAGACAUCAUGUUGAGAGUUUUGCCGCCAGCCUAGCUAUCUGUGAUCUAGAGCGUGGCAGAUUUAUUAUCCCGCAAUCAUGUACUCUAUUCACGAGUUCUGCUCUCCAUAGGAUUUCUCGCGAUGGACGGGGCAAGUUACAAGUAUCUCCGGAGCAAGUGGGAGGGUGCUUGGAAGCCCUCGGUCAAGAUCACUCCCAUUGGAACACCUGGCUCAGUUAUCGUGAUAAAGCCCUCCUCUUCUGCCGAGCUGCGCGAACUGAUAUUGACAAAGACCAGGCAAUCCAACAUCACAAAAGGCUCAUGCAAAUUAUGACCGAAUUUGCUGAUGAUUUGGAAAAGGACCUGAAGAAUAUCAGGGAGGACAUGACUGAACGCACUCGUGCUACAGAUUUGUAUUUUGACGGAAUGAAAACUCACCUCGGAGAUCUGAGAAGCGACAUUCAGCAUUCAGUGCGGGAAAUGUCCAAUGAUAUCACGAACUUUUUUGCGGCAGUAAAAAGCUCCCUGAGCAGCACAGAAGAUCUCGAUCGGAUGCUGAGGAGCCUAUUUCAGACGGCCGUCCGAGGUACCGCUGAAAUGGCUGCUGAACAAGAGCAGGCUCUUGAAAUCACGACAAAAAAUACAAGAUAUCAAAUGGUGCAUCUCAACGAUCUAGCAGGAGAGACCGGAGCAACGAUUGCGGAAUUAAGAGAAUCUAUUCACCAGCUUGUCCCAGUAAUCAUGUCCCUAAAUGAGCGGCAGAAUGCUUUAGAUCAGGCAAGUUACCGUGCUCCCGGGAUGAAUGCCAUGCUGAUGACUGACCAUACUGAACACCUCGAGCAGGCAAGCUUCGCAGUAUCUUAUAUCCACUCCAGCCUGGAGAAGGCAGCCACCGCUGCAGGCUCGUGGAAUGCAACUCUCAUGGGAGGCUCCCUUGGCAACUAUAGUCUUCGUAUUGGUACCCCCUUAACGACCUUGAUCCUCGGAAACUAUGGUCUUCCUCCAUCUUUAUUCCGAAAUGCUGCACUUCUCCUUGGAGGUAUAGGAUUCGGUGAGAUGCUGGUGCAAUUACGACACUUAAACUGGGCAUGGGUGUGGAGCCAUGAGCCCUCAGCAGCAACGGCAUUUACCCACCUCCCACGAGAGCACGAUGUGCGAUCGCUGGCAGCGGUACCGGUGGAGGCUGCGCUAUUACCAUGA